UGUCUAUAUUUAAGUAACAUGAGAUCUCUCAAGUUCAUACACAAGAAUAAUGAACCAUGCUGCUUCUUGUCUUUUCCAUCUCUCAUUGGUAUAUAUUUGAAAAACAUGCCUAAUUUGGAAGGAUGGUGGGAAUCAAGAGUAGAAGGAGAAACUCUCCCCAUUUUUCCUCAGCUUCAAUACCUGCGUCUCCAGCGCUGUCCCAAGUUAAGUUCCAUGCCCAAGAUAGCUUCCACUCGUCAAGUAACUGUUAUUUUACGUGAUGUUAGUGUUCAGGUGGUGAGUGCAAUAAUAGGUCCAUUGUUGAAUUUUCAUGAGAUACGACUCGAAGAAAUUAAGGAUCUAAAAGAUCUAGAAAUGGAAUUUCACCAAAACCAAAACCCGAACCUGGGUUCUUCUUCUUCGUCCAUGUCCUCGCAGUCGCUUACACGACUUCGAGUUCUGAAAAUAGAAAAAUGCUCCAAUUUGAUGAGUUUACCGGAAUGGAUUGGCACCAUCACUUCGCUUUGGGACCUGAAAAUUAUAGACUGUCCGAAAUUAAAAUCACUACCGGAGGGAAUGCGACAACUCAAAUCUUUGAAUUGGCUGACCAUAAAGGGGUGCCCACAACUGCAAGAAAGAUGCAAGGAGGGAGGAGAGGAUUGGCCUAACAUUGCGCACAUCCUAUUUAAAAGAUUUACAGCCACAGCAUGGAGGAGCAGCUCCUUAAUCCGCACUACAACCAAUCCACAUUUUCUCCAGAUCGAUAUAUGAUGCUAAACCGAAACCGAGCUCGAUCGAGAGGGCAGUCCCUUUGUUGGCUCUUCGAGACAAAAGCACUCAUAGGAAUUAUGCAAAUUCCCAUGUUCUUUCGAGUCUCGUUUGGUUUCGAGAGCCUCCCCCUCCCCGUCCCUUACUCGUCUUUUGACAGCCGUCAUCCUGGAUUUUUUUUCCGUAUGCCGGGGAAAGUGUCUCACCUUUCUACAUUCAUUCUUAGAAUGAAUUUCCUCG